CGACAAGACGCAACGUCAACAGAGUCUUGACAACGACAUCAACACUCGUAUCCCAAUCAACCGCAGUCUAUCAAUGACCAACAUUAUUGAUUGUCUCUGCUUCUUAUAGACGCUAACCCCCCUUCAGGCCCGCAUCGACCGUCUUUGCUUGCCUAUCCACCCGUUUCUUGGGCCUGGAGCCUCUACGCACUAGUCAGGCAGGGAGUCGCCCUCCUAAAUUCUUGCCUUUUGCCGGCGCGAACUCGCGCUCGCACUCGCGCUCGCACUCGCAGUCUCCCCAUCCAUCUCUUCCCAGCCACAACGAGCAGAGCACCACAUCCCUCCACCCCGAAGAAAUAAACUAGAGAACAAACGCAUAUGCUAGUCACUCGUCUCCAUUUCUCUUACCAUCAACAGUUCCCACACUGUCCUCUGGUCCUUUAGUCCUCACAUCGUUGUUACAACUUGGGUCGAAACCGCACAGCUGUGGUUUCAGUUUGAGUCGCCCUUCCCUACCGUCGCAGGGUUCUCAAAGCCCACCAUCUUGACGCCGUCGCCCGAUUCUUCCUUUGGAUCCCCCCUGCCAUUCUGUCCUUGCUCCUCGGCCUCCAUCCCAUCAAUCACACCACCGCAAUCACCCUCGCUUCCCUCCCAUCUCCAUUGCGGCUCCUCCUGCCAAGCUCGACUGCACUCUGUCUCCGGCCUCCCGACCUCCCCAUCUUCGAUCUGCUCCAGAACCAGCCCUUAGCGCCGCGAAUCCCUUCUGGAUCGCUGAGACUCAAGCGAGAUACCUUCGCUUCAGAAAGGCAGAAUUCUGAUCAUUUCCUGACCUGCUGGUCAUGGCCUCAAAGGUUCUCUAUCUUUCUUCAUCCAUGCUGCACCAUGGCAGGACUAACACCCCCUCUGCAGUUUCUGCGCGAAUACAAAUUGGUGGUCGUCGGCGGGGGAGGUGUCGGCAAGUCAUGCCUGACCAUUCAACUCAUUCAGAGUCAUUUUGUAGACGAGUACGACCCGACAAUUGAAGAUUCAUACCGCAAGCAAUGCAUGAUCGACGAUGAAGUCGCCCUACUCGAUGUCCUGGACACGGCCGGCCAGGAAGAAUAUUCGGCCAUGAGAGAACAAUACAUGCGGACGGGUGAAGGAUUCCUCCUCGUCUACUCCAUCACCUCAAGACAGUCGUUUGAAGAGAUUAUGACCUUUCAACAACAAAUCCUGCGGGUCAAAGAUAAAGAUUAUUUCCCCAUCAUCCUUGUUGGCAACAAAUGCGAUUUGGAAUCCGAGAGAGCGGUGUCGCGGGAAGAAGGUGAACAGUUGGCCAAGAACUUUGGGUGCACAUUUAUCGAAACGUCGGCAAAGUCCCGCAUCAAUGUCGACAACGCUUUUUAUGACCUCGUCCGAGAAAUCAGAAGAUACAACAGAGAAAUCUCAGGAUACGCGGGCGGACCUCAGAUGGGCUCCCACGCCCCCGGCCAAAAAUUCGAAGUGGACAAUCAAGCGGACAAUGCCGGAUGCUGCAGUCGGUGUGUGGUCAUGUAGAAGAGAUUGGUCCGAGGGCAUGUUUGGCACGCUUGCAAUACGAAACAAAGGCACAUGCUGCCAGGGUGUUUUCAAGGCUUGGAGUUGUGCCGCCAGUCAAUGUGACUGCGCCUGGGGGGGUUUCGGCUUGCAUCGAUUGGGUGCCAAAAGUCCACAGAGAAGAGCAAUGUUCUUCCACGCGUACUGCCACAACAUAGCGAUGUUGGUUUAUUGGAACGGCAGUCUAUAAGGGAAUAGCUGUCUGGUGUUUAUUUAUUGCUAGUCCAAAUCCUUGCUCCAGUCAUCUGCAACCGCGAUCGGCCAGCGUCCGGUGCGCUCAGCCGGAGGUGUCUCCUUGGACAGGACAAGUUAGUCGCUAAUGACUAUGGCUGUUUCUGCUUCAAUGUCGAUAUGCUCUGGGCC